AUGUCGCCCCCUGCUGAAGACUAUUACUGUUGCCAGUUCCAGCCCAACACCUUUGACCCCUCCCGCUGUAGCUCCUGCCUGCGGCCAGAUCACAUGCACGUCAGCAGCGCUCCUGCAGCAGAUGCUGCACAACAGGAUACUUCGGAGGGGCUGGAUGCAGAUGAUGAUGAUGACGACACACGUGCCCUGUCUGAGGUGACCACAAGUGCCAGUAGUGAUGAUGUCAGAGGCGGUUGGACCUAUGAGUGGAGUCUAGAGCACAGUCUGAGUCCUGAGUGGGAACUUAAUAUCUGUGAUACUGACAUACAAUCCAGCUCUCCAAAUCAGUUGGACUCUUCAGAGAGGGGCCGAUCCCCCAGCUUGGAGCGGCACUGUGUGGCUCAAAGAGAAAUGACACGGCUGGACUCCUCUCCCCCACAAGGCACUGAAAGCUCCUGGAUGGAUGAGAGGAGAGGGAGAAACAGGUCCCGUCAGGCGUCAGAGUCCUGGGGAGAUAGGGGACAAGAGAGUGGCUACUUCUCUCCCGACAGAAGAGGUGAUGGUGAGCAGCAGACUGAGGAGGCCAAAAAACGUCAGUUUCGUUACUACGAGAGGGGGCAUCCCCUUCCAAGCAACUAUGUUCCCGAGCCCAAGGCCUGCGUCCCUUACAGGAACGUCAACCUCGGAGUGCCCUCCCAGCGAAGAAAUCAGGAGACGUAUAUGCAGGAAACUUGGAGAAGUGAAUCCCCGCAGAGAUACACAUACCACUCAAACUUUAGACGAGGAGAUUCACAGAGAAAUUCUCCAACACGUCACAGCUCUAUGAGUCCAGAACGCUACAACCUCACCGAAUCGCCUGUGGGAGCUCGGAGAGGGAGCUCCGUCUGUAGGAGUCAGACUCGGUCUCAUACUUCAUCUCACAGCUCUCCACAGCUUCCAUCAUAUGGUCCUUCUUGCCAUACAUCAGGCUGGUCCAGUCCAUCCUGCAGGAAGGGGUCCACUGCCUCUCGCACCGCGUCUCCCUCCAGGGCCACGCCAUCUCACAGGCGUGCAGGCUCUUUGCUCUCACAGAAUGGUGAAUAUGAUGCUAAAAAGGUAUAUAGUCGAGAGUCAGGGAGUCCAUCACAAGCUUCGAACAGGCACAGUUUAGACUCUGAGAAGCUGUACAGAAAUCUCGAGUCUAUCUCCCGCCGUGGCUCGUCGGCUCUUCAGCAAAAUUCAUACGAGCUAUCCCAGCCGUCCCCACGAAUAAGAACAGCUGUCAACAGCUUGACCAACACUCGAACUCGGAACAGUCGUGACGUUUCACCAUCCAGGAACGGCUACGGCACCAGCCACUCCCCACAAAGACAACCCUGCUCCAGAGACAGCAGGCUGAGUCCACAAAACUCAUGGCAAGGGUCUGCACACUCUUUACUCAGCAUCCCAGCCUCACCUGGAUCCUCGUCAUCGAGGCGGGGCACAGGCCCUCAAGUCUUCGGUGGAUCACUGUCACAAGCUACAAUCACAGGAACAGAUGAAGCCGAUGAAGGAAAAAACAAAGUCAUAGGUGACCGAAGUAGGAGUGCCAUCAGACGAGGCAUGGACACCCUGCUGAUCUCUGAACCCAAAAAGGCUGCAGUAGAUGCUGAGGAGGUGGGGAUGACCAUAGAUGAUUACAUAGUGCUGGCUGAUAUUCCCAAGAUCCAAGUGGAGUCAGAAGAAGAGUUUCCAGGGCUGAGGCUGAGGAACCAGAGUCCCAGUCCAUGCAGGGACCAGAGACUCAGGACAUACAGGUAUCAAGAUGAAAUAGACAGAUCGAGCCAGUUCUACAGUUCAAGGCCGGAGUCAGAUGAGAGGGGGAGAGGCAGAGAGAGAGGGAGAGACAGACGGGAGAAAUGUCGAGACUCUGAGAACGGCCGAUCGUCUCGGAGACGAUCGGCAGCAUCUCUUCAUACACAGACCUCAGAUAGCCAGAGUGGAAAACACAGAUCCUCCAAGGUGAAGGAGCGUCCGGCUCCUCCUGAACGCCUGCAGACACAGGGGUGGAUGUCCAGACUGGAUGAACAUGGCAAGUGGAGGAAACACUGGUUUGUUCUCGGUGACACCUCGCUGAGAUACUACAGAGACUCAGAGGCUGAGGAGUCAGAUGACCUGGAUGGAGAGAUCGAGCUGACGUCCUGCGUGAAUGUGUCAGAUUGUGAUGUGGACAAGAACUACGGACUCCAAAUACAAACAAAAGGAGCAGUGUUCACUCUUUCUGCUGUGACAUCCAGAAUUCGGAAAAAUUGGUUGAAGUUACUGAAGCAGGCGAUCCAGAACAACACACACCAAUCAGACAUCGGCAGCGAGAAAGAGAACCCCCUCUCCCGGAGGCCGUCACCAUGCCAACCCCGUGCUCAGUUCACCUGCAAGGAUUCGGGCUAUGAACCUGCCACUUGCACCUCCACCACUACAGCUGCAAACUCCUACCAGACCGAAAUCCACCACCAAGCAGCAGACAGAGAUCUGGGUGCAGACUUAUCCCCAGCCAGUCAGAGAGAGGAAGGGGAGGGCUGGGACCGCGAGCAGGCGAAACGACUGGAGGAGAGGAACAAGUGGUUUGAGGAGGGGCACCCCGUCAAUGAGAUGGGCAGCAGAGAUCACUCACCACCUCAAGAGGUCAACCAGUCUGUCACCGGGUCACAAACCAAUACAUCAAACAUGAAGGAGGCUCCUCCAUCCAUAAAUGGCUCCCAGAUCACAAUGAAUACAGCUGAAGCACUGCAAAAAGAGGCUGUUUUUCUUCAAAAGCAGGUAGAGAGCAUUAAGAGGGAGCGUGCAGCCAUGGGUAUAGAGGUGGAGAGUCCCUGUGGCACUGGGGCACCUUGUAGGGCCAGACUGGAGGCCAUGGAAGUAGCACACAGGAAAGCACUGCAGGAACUGCAGGAGAAGCAUGCCAAGGAGAUAAAAAAGCUGGAAGAGGAAAAAGACAGGAUGCUACAGGAGGAGAGCCAAGCAGCUGCUAAAGCUAUGGAGGCACUGAGAACAGCACACAGAGAAGAGCUGGAGAGGCAAGUGGAGAAGGCCAGGAAGUCGUUUGCAGGAGCAGCACAUGUGGAUUCAUCAUGCCGAGGGCAGGCGCUCCAGGCGGACGUCUUGCACUCUGAGUUAGAUGUGCUGUCAGAACGUUACUCUCAGAAGUGCCUGGAGCUGGACCGCACUGAACAGAGCAGCAAGAGCCGAGAGACCGAGCUCGGACGCAAGGAGAAGGAGCUGGAGCAGCUCAGAAGAGAGAACCAGGAUCUCAAGGCGAAACUGGCAGAAGAGAUCAGCCGUAUGCGGUAUUUCAUCACAGGUCAGAGGUCGGAUGUGGUAUCCCUUUGCAACACUGAGCGCGCUGCAUCAGAAUUAGAGACUCUACUCAGAGCAAAAGAAAAUGAAGUUCAGUAUCUUAAAAAAGAAAUCAGUUGUCUACAAAAUGAAGUGCAAUCUCUUACAAAGGAGAAAGAAGUCGCUUAUGAGCGUUUUAAGGAGGCGUAUGUAGAGUUAAGUGACACAAGGGGGCGUGGUCAGCUGGAGAUGGGCUCACUCAAUGAACACCUCAGACUGGCCAACGCUGCCCUUCAGGAGGGAGCAAGACAGACCUGACCUACCUGACCUACGAGGACAAGCCUUAAAAAAUGUACUCUGACAAAGAAAACCAGCCAAUAUUAAAAAAAAGAAAAAGCAAUAUAUGUAAUCAUGACUUGAUAAGCCUAAGAUGAGCCAGAAUUAAAAAUGAUGGGUGUUAAGAUUAAAUAACAACAAGUGUUUUCCACAUAAGAGACUCUUUAUUUAUUGGUCACACACAAACAUGCAAACAGGAGUGAGGCCAAAACUAGCAGUUGUGGUAGCCUCACAUGAUAUGACAUUUCUGAUAAAUUCUUAAAGGCAAAACAAGUUAAAUAUUAGAGAAGAGAGAAA